GUCCCUGCAGCAGCUGAGGUGCCUGUGUCUCUCUGGUUCCCAGUGGCUGCCAUCAUGCUCUCCUCCCCACUCAGGGUGGCUGUGGUGUGUGCGAGCAACAUCAACAGGAGCAUGGAGGCCCACAGCAUCCUCAGGAGAAAAGGGCUAAGUGUCCGGUCUUUUGGAACUGAAUCUCAUGUGAGGCUACCAGGACGAAGACCCAAUCAUCCUGUAGUUUAUGAUUUUGCAACAACAUAUAAGGAGAUGUACAAUGACCUCCUCAGGAAAGAUAGAGAAUGCUACACCCACAAUGGAAUCUUACACAUCUUGGAAAGAAAUGAGAGAAUCAAGCCCGGCCCAGAAAGAUUUCAGGAGUGCACCGAUUUCUUUGAUGUCAUCUUCACCUGUGAGGAGAGUGUCUAUGACACAGUGGUGGAAGAUCUGUGUUCCAGAGAACAGCAGACCUUGCAGCCUGUGCACGUGAUCAACAUGGACAUCGAAGACACCCUGGAAGGUGCCAUCCUGGGAGCUUUCCUCAUCUGUGAGAUUUGCCAGUGCCUGCAGCAGUCCGACGACAUGGAAGACAGUCUGGAGGAGCUGCUGUUGCAAAUGGAGGAGAAGGCAGGAAAAAGCUUUCUUCACACUGUCUGCUUCUACUGAAGAUCUGGGCUGGCUUUGUCCCUUUCCUCAGUAAGAACUUAGGCAUGGGACUUUAGUCCAGAUUGAUUGUGAGAAGUAUCUGCAAAGACCUUCCACUGAGUGCUGUUUGUAUUACUUUUGUACAUAUCACCUGGCACCUGGAAAGAGACUAUUACCAAGAAAAUAUUUUAUGGGAAAUGAGAAGGACUAACAGUUUUAAAAGCACUGAAAAAUGCUUGGCAUUGUUCUAGGUGCAUUACAUAGAAUAACUGAUUUAAUGCUUAUAUCAUUCUACAGGGAAGCUAUCCCACCAUGACUGCGUUUUCCAGAUGAGCAAACCGAGCUGAUAAUGGACUGCUGGAAAAAUGAUUUGUUUAAGGGUAUUCAGCAGAUAAAUAACAUUGUAUAGAUAAGCACCUUUUAAAUAAACUUCCUUUUCUCAAUUUGAGUGGUUUUUUUUUUAAUUUUUAAAUUUUUUAAGUUAGUUGAGACCAAUGGAGUGUGGUAUAUUAACUUAAAUGUUGUUCUUCUUUAAUAGAGUAUAAUAUUACAUGUUUGAACAGAUAAAUGUUUUCACAUAUAGAUUAUAUCUUUUUUACUAAUGCUCACUUUAAUAGGUAAAAUCGAAGUUGGAUAAUGAACUACAUAUUAUUGUAAAAUUUGGAAUUAUCUACUCAAAUAAUAGGUCAUCAAAUUAAAUGAAAUAAAAAAUUUAAAUAAAAAAAAAA